AUGGCGCAUCGUGGUGUUUUUUUUUACGGUUUUAUUCUUGCUUUACCUUCGUUUUUCUCACCGGGAGGGCAUAGGCUUAUGUUUUAGCUUGUGAACUUGUAUUGUGAACUUGUGCAUUAUUUGCCCCGACCUCUGACCUACUCCCUCAAACUCACUGCUGGGUUCUUUUUUAUCGCUACGGCUUCGUUCCUCUGCUCCCAAAUACACUUAUAUUUAAAAAAAAGAAAAUACACGUCUCCUUGCUUUUCUCCGUUGAGUCCACGUCUUGCCAUUCUGCAGUCGUGGCGCGCCAGCAGCGUGGGCCUGCUGCUCAUGGCGUCGCUGACGAUGGACCUGGUGGCGGCACCCAUGGCUUCGUUGCUGCCUUUCCUGUGCAUGCCACUUCUGGAGCUGGCCGACGCGUCAGCCGCCGCACUGCCGUACUCCACGGUUCGCCAGAUGAGUUUCCUGUGCGCCAUGCUGCUCGUGCUGACCAUGGAAGAAUGCGGCCUCUCGACUCGCCUGGCGCUGCUCAUACUCAGUCACACUGGACACAAGAUCAACAGCAUCCUGGCACUCGUAAUAGCCGUGGCCGUGACAAUGACGUGUCUGCUGGAUGCCUUUUGCGUCACCGUACUCAUGAUGUCUACCGUAGAGUGCAUCGUGGACGAAAUAUACUUUCACGUUGUUCAAGCCAACGUGCCCUCCGGGAUGGCCGACCCAGGCCAACGCCCUUGCCAUGGAAGUGGGGCAAGCCCCAAUUCGGCGCCGCAGCGGCAGUCAAUGGAGUCGACCGAGCACCUGUCGUACUUCACCUACCGCCGCUACAUCUUCAGCGAGUGCACCACUUACAUCCGGGACGAACGGAACACGCUGUUCAAGGCCAUGAUGGCGGCUGUCGUGUACGGCUCCAACAUAGGCAGUAGCGGCACCUCUCGCGGCUCCCAGCAGAGCUACUACCUGCUCCAUUUCUUGCGCCAGACGUACAAGGGAGGGACGACGCUCAACUACGUCACCUGGACAGUGUACUCGGCUCCGUCUGUGGUCGCUUCGGCCGUGUUUCUGUGGUGGCAUCUCUGCAGGCGAUUUGCGCCCAGAGCGUUGCAGGCUGCGGCACAGUACCAGAACGACACAGACGCGUGCCAGGAAAAGUACGCCACAAUCAGGAGAAUAGGGUACAAGUCUUACGAGGCCGUGGCCAUAAUGAUGAUGGCGGCCUACGUCAACUGUUCCCUUGUCGGCCAGGACUGGAUUAACAUCAACGACAACACCAGCGCGGUUCGCUCGGAGACGGUGAUGGUGGGCCUGACGUCACUUGCGUUCAUGGCUCCUGCGCGACGUUCCCGCUGCUCUGUGGCCCCGGGUAUCGUCUCGACCGACGUGAUCCAGACUCGCUUUCCCUGGGGCGUAUUCCUGCUCGCCGGAGCCGGAUGCGCCAUGACACUCUGUUUCGAGCUCGGUGAGGUGAGCGCCUUGCGCCUGGAACUAGUGUCAGCGGCGGCGGACAUACACCCCGGCUUGGGCGUGGCGCUACUGUUCACGAUCCAGUGCUUCCUGGUCGAGAUGAAGAGCAGCCACGACAGCGUGCUCCAUCUCAUGGCUCCCAUGGUUUCUUUGGCCAGCGAGCGCCAAUGGAACCCUCUGCUGCUUCUGCUGCCGGUGACCAAGGGGGCAUCGAUGGUGUUCCUGCUGCCAGUGUCCUGCUACGGAAACGCACUGCUCUUUGACUACGCACGCAUGUCUUGCUGGGAGAUGAUUAAAAUCGGCUUUCCAGUCAAGAUUGUGACUAUCGUACUUGAGCUGCUCUCAUUGCUGACCGUGGGCAACGCCAUGUUCGACCUGGGCCAUUUUCCCGCUUGGGCAACACUGGUACCACCGACGACGACGACGACGAUAUCGGCGUUCAAUGCCUCAACACUCGACAUCCUCAACAUCACCAGCUACCUCUGAGUCUGUGCGCAAGGACAUACGGGGCAUUCAGCAAUGUUUGUUUGGUUAUGUGUUCAGGAUAUUUAUUGCGACUCAAUUAUUUGUGUGCUUCUGAAAAUGUUCUGCUAUCAUUACUUUUCGUCGCAUCUGUGUCGCAGCAAAUCACCACUGUGUCUGCGCAUAGGAAGGAAUGCACUGAGUGAGCACAUUUUUCUCGCUGCCUCGAGUGUGAAAGACAAACGAGCGAAGUCUGUAAAUGGUCAAGCCUUCAACAAGUGUCUAGCUGUAACCAUACAACACACGAAAAUGUAUAAUCUGCCAAACAUUGUUUGCCGUAUAGCCUUGCUGUUGCUUGCUCCCCUGCUUUUUCUU